AUGGAACCCACCGGGCCGCCGCCGCCGGUGGAACACUCGCCGAUCUACCAGUCCCUCGUCGGAGCGGGGCCGCGGCUGCGCCCGCUCAGGCAGGUCCACGCUCGCAUGGUGGUCUCCGGGCUCCACCGCAGCCGCUCCCUGCUUACGAAGCUGCUCACCCUGGUCAUCAAGACCGGCCCCAGCGGCGGCGCCGCCGCCGCCUACGCCGGCCUCCUCCUCCACUCCGUCCCCAACCCCGAUGGGUUCCUCUUCAACUCCCUCAUCCGCGUCUCCUCCCGCUCCGGUGACCCUCUGGCGGCUCUCCGCCUCUACCGCCACAUGCGGCAGGCCACCCUCGCUCGCUGCAACUACACCUUCACCUCCGCCGUCAAGGCCUGCGCUGACCUGGCGGCGCUGCCCACCGGCCGCGAGAUCCAUUGCCACCUCCUCCUCGACGGCCUCGCCGGCGACGUCUACGUCCAGACCGCCCUCGUCGCCCUCUACGGGAAAUGCGGCGACCUCCCCGCCGCCCGCGCCGUCUUCGACGGAAUGCCCCGCCGGAGCCUCGUCACCUGGAAUGCCAUGAUCGCCGCCUACGAGCAGAACGGCCUCGCCGGAGAAGCCGUCGUCGUCUUCCGCGCCAUGCAGGCCGACGCCGCCGUGGAGCCCGACGGUGCCACCAUGGUGAGCCUCCUCGCCGCAUGUGCCCACCUCGGCGACCUCCGCCUGGGCCAGUGGGCCAGCAGCUACAUCGCCACCAAGCACCUCCCUGUGGGCGCCGCCCUUGCCGGCGCCCUGGUGAGCAUGUACGCCCGCUGUGGCUGCGUGGACGAGGCCAGGGAGGUCUUCGACGGGCUCCGCCGCCCCAACGUCGUCGCCUGGACGGCGAUGAUCUCCGGCUACGGCAUGCACGGCCGCGGCGCAGAGGCGGUGGCGCUCUUCCGGAUGAUGAGCCGCCGCGGGCCGCGGCCCAACACUGUCACCUUCGUGGCGGUGCUCGCUGCCUGCGCCCACGCUGGGCUGGUAGUCGACGGCCGCGAGGCCUUCGAGAGCAUGCAGCGCGACUACGGCCUUCUUCCCCGGGAGGAGCACCUGGUCUGCAUGGUGGACAUGCUGGGCCGCGCUGGCCACCUCGAGGAGGCCUUCCGCUUCGUCCGCACGGCGGCGGCGCCGCCGGUGGCUGGGGCGGCGAUGUGGACGGCGCUGGUGGGGGCCUGCAAGCUGCACCGGCGGUUCGAGCUCGGGGUGGAGGCAGCGGAGCGGCUGGUGGCGAUGGAGUCGGAGAACGCGGGGAACUACGUGCUGCUAUCGAACCUGUGCGCCAUGGCGGGGAGGACAGAGGCGGUGGAGGCGGCGAGGGGGGAGAUGGCCCGGCGGGGUCUGAGGAAGGUGGCGGGGUACAGCGCCGUGGAGGUGGGCGGAACCGCCCAUGUCUUCCGGAUGGGGGAGCGGCGCCACCCGCAGGCAGCGGAGAUCUACCGCUUUCUGGAAGAGCUCGAGGGGAGGAUGAGGGAGGUGGGGUACUCGCCGGAGACGGCGACGGUGAUGCACGAGGUGGAGGAGGAGGAGAGGGAGAUCGCCCUGAGACACCACAGCGAGAAGCUCGCCGUCGCGUUCGGGAUCAUGAGCACCGCCGGCGGCACCGCCGUGCGGGUGGUGAAGAACUUGCGGAUCUGCGGCGACUGCCACGCCGCCGUCAAACUCAUGUCCGCCGUCGCCCGGAGGGAGAUCAUCGUCCGAGACAAGCACCGCUUCCACCACUUCCAAGGAGGCUCCUGCUCCUGCGGGGAUUUCUGGUGA